AUCAGGUGCUAAGGAGGAGUAAGUAUUUCCUGUUGGCCGGUCACACCCACCGUGAGCCAUAUAUCUUGAUCAGGUGAAAGGAGUUAUCCGUAGUCAAAAUCAGAGUGUCGAAGAAGUCCUAAAACUCGGUAUGAAGCACGCCAGACACCAGUUGACCCAAUGGUAGGUUGUAUUGGUAAAUUACAGUACCAACCAGACCCAAUGUGACAGAAAGCAGUCCCAGAGUAGUCCCAGGGACUGUUUUCUGGGACUGUUUAGCAGUCCCGCAGCAGUCCCAGUAAACAAACCGAAAAGCAGUCCCAGUAGGCGGGGUUAAAAUAACUAGUGGGAGGAGUUAAGCCCACAGUGAGAUUAUCAAUAAACAUUAUCGAUUAUCACUGGAGCGCGUCAAUAACGGUAGUCGAAAUCGAAGAUAAAUGUAAUUAAAGAGAAAAACAAUUCAUUAUACAUGAAAACAGCACAUAUUCAAAAUACGUUUGUGACACUUUUUUAUGAAUUUAUAACAAAAUGAUAGUUUAUGAAUACGAGUGAAAAAAGAUACAUGCAGAGUUUAUAAGUCUGAUAACCACAAUUUCACAACGUAAAAUCAAUUGACGUCCAUGUUCUGUUGGGCACCGAAUGUAGGGAGAUAUUCUUGUUAUUCUAUUUCCAUCCAUUAUUUUCUCAAGUUCUAUCGUGAAAGUGUGUCAGUAAGCGGUGAAAAAACUACUGAAGUGAUUUGCGUAUAUUCUGAAUACACGGUGGUCGGGACUUUCUUGUCAAUCAUAACAUCACAUGAUUCAUUCGCUCUUUGCUGAACAAAGCAGUCCCAGAAAACAGUCCCAGGGACUGCUGGGACUGCUUGCUAGAGCAGUCCCACUUUUUGAGAGAGCAGUCCCCGGGACUGCUUUCUGGGACUGCUUGGGUGUCAGGUUGGGUGUGGUUGGUACUGUAAAUUGUUAUAACGACCACAUAAUUUGCGAAAUGGUACCUUUAAACGAAAACUGUUGAAACCUCUGUACCAUCAACUUGUUUGUCAGUAGCCUGCCUCGAUUUAAAAACUGAUACUACGCAGAAUAAACUCUUGCGUAUCGAAUCAUUUGAGAAAAACAUAAUAUGCAGGUGAUAAUGGAAUAUUUCUACAUCAAUAUGGGAAAUUGACGAUGGAGAAGCCGAAAUCAUCCCGUUUAUCAUAAAAUUAGAUUGAUAGUUUGGCGUCAAUAUCUAUUUUCAAUAAUGUAUCUAAUAAUGAAGCAGAAGUGGACGACUAUGUGGUGUCUUUUAUUUCGAGUUCACCGGGAUAUAUCGAAUCGACAUACAUAUAUGAAUGAAAAUUAUUAUUGUUAAUAGAUAAAAGUCGUCGAUAUAUCUAAAUGUCGCCUUGAAGGCCACGGCAAGAGAUUUUUUCUCAAGUAGAAGCUUUUGAAUAAAUUCGGCUUCAUACGAAUUUUAAAACAGGUCGGCCAAGGAGCACAAUUCGUGCCCAUGAGGAUUCCAACAGAUGUAUAUGUGCAUGAAGACUAUGCCUAAACUCUUUAUCUUUCUUAAUUAUAAAAUAUUUAAGUGUGUAAUAUAUGUUACAGGCACAAGACAUUGUAUAUGAAAGGCGAAGAUAACGAACAGUCAUAAAUCUCAUAAGCAAUACAAAAUAGAUAGUUGGGCAAACACGGACCCCUGGACACACCAGAGGUGGGAUCAGGUGCCUAGGAUGAGUAAGCAUCCGCUUUCGACCGGUGAGCCCUAUACCUUGAUCAGGUAAACAGAGUUACCCGUAGUCAAAAUCAGUGUGCCAAGAACGGCCUUAACAUUCGGUAUGAAAAACGUUAGACAUAUUUCCGUGUGUAUAUGAGUAGUAUGGAUUUUAAUUCUAUAUAUUUCUUGGUUUCUGUUCAUAUUGAUGUGGUGGUGACUGGCACUAUAAAUCUCUUAGUUUCUAUAUGAUUACUGUGAUACUGUAGAUAUUUUGGUCUGUGUAUGUAUCUGAAAGGUGAAGAUAACGAACAGUGAUCAAUCUCAUAACUCCUAUAAGCAAUGCAAAAUAAAGGAUUGGGCAAACAUGGACCCCUGGACACACCAGAGGUGGGAUCAGGUGCCUAGGAGGAGUAAGCAUGUGAAAUGGUUAUUGUGGCACUGUGAAUCCUGUAGAUCUCUUGGUUUAUCAAUCUAUCUGAGUGGUGGUGACUAUUGUAAUGUUUGUCCUUGUAAAUAUAGCGGAGUGGUAAAUGUAGUACGCUGGGCCUCUGUAUUUCUCUGAGUGGUGGUGUUUUUAUUUGCGCAAGUUAGGACCGACGUCUGGUUCUACAUCACUGAAAAGAAAGAAUGGUAUAAACAAAAGAUUAUAUUUUUGUCUACGUCCACAGAAUAUGACUAGAUGAUCAACCGCCAAUUUGAAAAGAUCUUAUAAUUAUUUUUGUUGGUCAUUCAUGCGUCAACAGACAUUUUAUUUUUUUUCCAUUUUUAUUGUUUACAAUGCUUAACUAAAAUAUUUCGAAGGGUUAAACAAAAUUUGAACAUCAGUUGUUGAGUUACACGUGAGAUACAGCAAUCACAAUUCUUUGUUAUGUAGACAAGGCUCGUUCCAUGUUUUUGUUUACAUUUAGAUUGCUUGAUAGAAAAUAGCAUGUUUAAUGGUACCUUCACACUCACGGAGUUUGAUUACGGAUCCUUACGUAUUCCACAAAUCCGAAACAGUACACGGAUUGUUACGAUUUAGACACUUUAAAGAGCUGUUUAAGAACGUUUUAAGAGUAUCUACGGGCCAUUUACGGUUUAUUACGAGUUCUUGUGAUGCAUUUACGGCACACAUUUACGAUUUGUUCCGAGUGAACACGGAUAAAUACGAGCAAAUUACGACAUUUUACGAGCUUUGUAGGGAUUGUUACGAGUAUAUUACGAACAUUUACGAUUUAGCUUAACUUUUACGUGUAAAUCACGACCACUUAACGUGUUGAUAACGUGCUGUUACGAAUAGUUAGGAGUUAGUUACGAUUGUUUACAUUUUUGACUCAAAAGUGUUCGCAAUUGGCUUUGUAUCAUCAUUCGACAACUGACAUUACUUGUAACAGCAUGUAUGUAUAUUGUAUGCAAGAUGUGUAACUUUUUUGAUGUCUUAAUAACAACUGGAAGAAACUGUCAGAUUUUGCGUCUUUUAUACGUUUCCUUAAUCGUAAAGUUUAAGUAUGUACCCGUAAAGUAAUCGUGUCUAUACGUAAAGUGCUCGUAAUGACUCUGAACAAUCCGUAAAGCGAUUAUAACCCGACGUGAAUGAAAUCGUAAAUAUCACUUAGGCAUUCGUAAUAAUCCAUAAACAACUCGUAAACUAUCCGUAACAUAUCGUAAACUAACCGCAAAGAUUCGUCAAAAAUAUUUUUACGAGUGUUUUACGGAUUCUUACGAGCAGUUUACGUGUUCUUGUGAUCAGUUUGCAAUACUUACGGGUUGUUACAAUUUAUUUACUGGUUAUUUACGGAAAAUGAAAUCCAUGGACAAUCGUGAACAAAUUUUUGACAUGUCAAAAUAUUUGCCCCUACUUUCACGGAUCCUUACGAGUGUGUACGAAUUGUGACGAGUUAUUAACGGAUACCGACGAGUGAUUUACGAAUGCUUGUGAUUGACUACGAGUCGGAGGUCCGUAAGGACUCGUAAGAAAAAUCUGUGAAUAUGAAGGUGGUGUAAAAGAAAAUGAGAUGUGCCAAACACUAGAAACUAUUUAAUUGUGUUCAGAAUUAAACGAAACUUUUGUUGGUAUAUCUAACCAAUGUAAACAAAACAUGACAGGAGCCUUGUUUACAUAACAAAGAACUGUGAGCUCUGUAUAUCCCAUGUACCUCGACAGCUGACAUUCAAAUUUUUGCUGACCAUUAGAAAUAUCUUAGGCAUUGUAAACAUUAAAGAUGGAAAAAUAAAGUUUGAAAAUUUCCAGCUCAAAUCGUGUCCAUGCCCUUACAGGAUUUAAAAACAACUACCAGUAUAUAUGUGAUAUGUUAUGAUUCAUAUGUAUAUAACAUUUUAUUAGAAUAUUAAUUAUGCUUACUACCCCCAAAUGAACAUGUGCUCCAUUUAUAUCAUUAUGUAAUUUUCCCCUUCAUUUUACUUUCUCUCCUUUCUUCUUUUCUUUCUUUUUUCUGUUCUUUUUUCUUCUAUAUUAAAAACAAUUUUCACAUUAACGUGUCUAUGUGUGUGUAGGUUUGUAUGUAAGUACAUGUAUGGGGAUGUGUAUAUUUAUGUAGACAAAUAUGUGAAAACACAAACUGUGCUAGUUGAAUAAAUAUUACAAAUCAAAUCGAAUGGAUAAAAAGUAUCAAAGGAAUAUUAAACGCAUCAAAACACAAGUACUUACCAUCAAUUGCUGUUAUGUAAACUAGAAGUAAUAAAAACUUAGGUGGGUUACAUGAUGAAUAUGUUUUGGUUGCAGCUAACAAAGCUUUUAACAACACUGUCUUUGUUCGUAAGGCCCAUUAUUACAACUGUAUCUAAAACGAACUCGAAAUUAAUUCCACUUUGGUAAUCCUACUUACACCCCAACUUCCCUUUCACCAAAUGAAAUUCUUCAAAGCCAUGCUUCAGUUUUAAACACAUUUGAUACUACAUUUGCCCAACUAUCUAUUUUGUAUUGCUUGUAGGAGUUAUGAGAUUGAUCACUGUUCGUUAUCUUCACCUUGCAUUCAAUGGGAUGAAUGAAUGUGAGUUACCAUACUUAUACUGUAUUACUCAACUUCAUAAAAUCCUCUCGUGGCCGAGUGGUUAGAGCAUCGCGCUGAAAAUCACACGGCCUCUCACCUCUGUCGGCGUUGGUUCGAAUCUCGCUCGCGCCGGUAAGUGAGAAAGUAUCCCAGUUUACUUACGGAAGGUAGGUGGUCUCUUCCCAGGUACAUUGUAUCUGGGUUCUCUCUUCCACCAAUAUAAACUGGGCGCCACCAGAUAACUGAAUUUUUUUUAGUGUGGCGGAAAACAUCAAUCAAUCAAUCCUUCCAAUCAUAGAUACAUUGUUGGAUCCUGUUCUACCAAGCCCCAUCUUUGCUGCUCACGAUAAAAUUAACUGCUAUGAAUGAGACAUAUGUCAGAAAUAGUGUAAAUCAAAUGUAGUUUCUGAAAAAGUUCCAAAGAGCGUUUCGUAACUCUGAAAUUACAAAACGUCUUGCAUCAUCAACAUCAAAACGUAUGACUUCAACACUUCGCACAACCAUUCAUCACGACAGCAGUCUGUUGGAGUUCCUAUAGGCACGAAGUUUGGUCCUUUGUUAGCUGACCUGUUUUUAUAUUCUUAUGAGGCAGAAUUUAUUCAAAACCUCCAUGAAAAGAAUAAAUAUCUUGCUGUGGCCUUCAACUUGAUAUUUAAAUAUAUCGACGACGUUUUGUCUAUCACCAAUCGUAAUUUUCAUUCAUAUGUCGAUUGGAAUCCUACCGACGCGGUGGUCUAGAGGUAGAGCGUUCGAUACGCAAGCGGAAGGUCGGGGUUCGAAUCCCCACGACAGACCUAAGUCGUUAAAAAGGUAGUGACAGUUCCAUCGCCAAACGCUCGACAUCAGGUGUGAAUAUCACGGGUCCUCAGAAAUGUCCUAAAUUUGAAGCCCCUCACCGGUCUUGGUGACAUCUCAAUAUGAGUGAAAAAUUCUCGAGAGGGACGUUAAACAAGAUACAGUCGAUUGGAAUCCCGUAAGGAUCCGGGUUAAAAUAGGUUCUCAGUACCCUUUGCUUAUCGGAAGAGGGGCCUAAUGGGGCGGCUAUUCGGAUGAGACCACAAAAACCGAGGUCCCGUUUCACAAAAGGUGUGACACGAUAAAGACCCUCCCUGCUCGAUAGCCAUAUCCGCUGAGCAUAGCCCUAAAGACUGCAGCCUUUCAAAGCACAGAGCUAAAGAUUGCAGCCCUUCAAAGCGCAGAGCAUAGCCCUAAAGAUUGCAGCCCUUCAUGGCAUUGGUAAUCGAUAUGUAACUCAAGAUGACAUGGAUCAUAUAUUCAUGGCGUUCUCCACAUCAGCGCAUAGCAAAUGUAUUUCUGUACUUAUAAGAAGAGAUUUCUCAAAAUAUUCAAUCAACAUAAAUCUGAAGAUGGUAGAAUUUUGGUGAUCAAUGUUGAGCAUGGAGAUAGAGUUGUCCCUCUUUGUAACAUUUAUGAUUGAUUGAUUGAUUUCUUGCAGUGACAAAGUGAAUGUCAAUGUACUCUGAAAGUUAUGAUAACGUAAUCUUCACAGGAGAGUUUAACUGUAAUUUUACUCAUAAAAAUUCUAAAAGUACAAUGACAAUUAUAGAUUUAGUGCAAUAUUGCAACAUAAAUAUAUUAAUGUUAAUUGCAUUCAAUUCAUUCACAAGGAAGUAACAUGUGCAUUCAACGAAUGUAAAAUCAAUAUAAAUGUAGUACUAACAGCUUUUAUUUUCAAAUAUAUAUAGUUUAACAAAAUACAUGCUAUAAAGCAAAACCACUAUUUAUUACUUCCUUGUGUAAAUUAAACACAAACUUGUAAAAGAUAUGAGUAUCUUUAAUACAUAUGGCGGAAAUAAAACAAACACUUGGUGUUUGGAAAAACUAAAAUGUUGCGACGUACCAAGUGCCUAUCUAAAUCGCCUUACGUUAGACCGGCACAACACCCAGCUGUUCGGUCACUGCCCACACAGAAUCUGACCACUGCAAUUCAAACCCUGAUUCAGCCCCGUCCGACAUCAAGUCAACCCCAAGAGGAGAACCAUAUAGGCCUAAAGGACACAGCUAUCAUUCAAUCACAAAGAUAACCUCCCAACCUAAUUUCGGAAACCACCGCAUCCAUGCACAGCCACCGGCGACCCCCUUCAUAACAGGUCACGAUCCUCCUGCCUUUUCGCAGAGUAAUGUAAGCUGAAUCGAUAUACCAGUAUAUAUUCAAACAUUACCAUUAAUAACUACCAUUUAGAAGAGGGGAAGCGUGAUUGACGAAACAGACGAUGGUAGAAGUUGAUGUAUCUUUAAAUGGAAUUGGCCACAUACCACACAAAGGACAGAAUAUACCACUUGGCAACGUACAACGAACAGAGCAGCGUAAACCGCUUUGCUACGAAAAAUGCGAAGACCAGCGUAGACCACAGUCGGAUUUCCCUCGUACGAAUGGAGCGACCUUUCAAAUAUCAACUGAAAUUAAUGAUCGUCCUUUGUCAUGUGGAAACCAUGUACACAUAAAGAAAUACGAAGUUACUUUUGAAUAUGGACCGACAGAGUUGGAUCGCCACAAUUUGGUGUAUAAGCAGCUACAAGAACUUUAUCAAAAGUCUGGAGUUAAAAUGGAGGAUAUUGAAAAUCAUGAAUACCACUUCAAUUUUUAUAUCCACGCCAGCGAAUCCAUUGUCGAAGCAUGUUUUGGUGUCUUUGAUUCAGAACCCAAGGUGAAACCAAGUGAACCAAAUUCUGAAAGAUCGAAAAGAGUACAUAUAUUUUAUACAAGAACCCGUACUUUAAUGAACGAGGAUUUUAUGUCAGAAUGCAGAAAACUGCUACAGAUCAUUCCUUCAGACUUCCUCUUCUUUGUAUUGGACGACGACAACGCUCAGGAAGCGAGAAAGAUUUUAGAUGGAAUAAAAGUAGACCACAGGAGACUCAUCCUCCUACACCAAGAAAAAACCGCCAUCUAUGACAAAUGUUAUGAAUGUUUGAGAGCAAAUCUGUCAAAAUUAAAGAAAAAGAUUAAAGAGAAGGGAACUGCGAUGGAAAACUCCGAGCAGCAUCUUAUAGAAAUAAGGCGUCUCUUAUCACGUGUCGAUAAAAGAUAUAUCAACGAGCACAGCAAGGCCUCAUCAACACUACCAGAAGAUUGUCUGGAGAGGUUCAGGAACAACAGCGACAUUGCAUAUAUCAUAACUGAUAAUGCCAUAUCAAUUUACCAUAAAAAGGAAUACCUAGAGGAUGCUACUUUUACUAAAGCACUUGAAGAAAUAAGACAAAACUUUACACAUGUGGAAACUUGCAUUAUCAAGACCCCUUGGGAUUUCGUAAAACCACAGAUGCAAGUUUCCCCCGGAAACAAACUUUUUGUAUCAAAAACAUCACAUGGAACGUUGGGAAUAUUUGGAAAUUUAAAAUCCCCCAGCUCAACAAGAAGCACUGCGAUAAGUGGUGGUCAUGUUAUAUCGGAAAAUUCGAAAGCUUUCAUAGACAUUGGCGAUGUUCGAAAGGAGCUUGGAACAUGCAUUUGGCCAAAGAAUCAAAAUGACAGUUUUUCUGUAAAUAUUCCCGAUAUAUCUGUUAUUGUUUUGAGUGAUGAUAUAUUACGACAUCUCGAAAUCCAGAGCGAGCGUAUCGAAGUAUUUGACAAGUGUUUGAACAAUCUUUCAUGCAGAAAGGUUUACAAAAUUGGUGCUACUACGGGAAAAACGGAGGGAGUCAUAUGCGACAUCGAUAGUUUGGAUGUGUUCGGAGUUAGCGAUGCAGUGCUUGUAACGCACUGUGAUCCAACAAAAUCAUUUUCCGACGAGGGCGACAGUGGCUCCGUAGUACUAACAAAAUUUGGAAGAGAUGUUGUGGCGCUAGGUGUAAUAUUUGGAGGAAACAUUUUGACACAGAAAAGUCCUAAUGUUCCGAAGAAAGCGUCCUUCGUAGUGAGUUUGAAAAAAGCACUGGUAAAUUUUGAAGAGGCGAACGAAAAACAGAAAAUUGAAUUGCUGAAGAUGUAAUACGAUGGUAAUCGUCUGCAUCUAUUCAAAAUAAUGGUCACCGGAAAACUAUUCAGUAUUCAAUACCGAGUAUUGGACGGUCCAAGGUGCCUAAAAGUCUUUGACAUGGUUUUUAGUGAGUUCCAUAACCUAACGUGUUAUUGGUAUUGUUGGUAGUCAUUUGUUUGUCAUUUAAAUACCGGUACAUUAAUGAAAAGGCGACACAAUUUAAAUUACACGCGGGGAUAAAGGAUCCAAGAAUUCAAUAAUUUGGUCUGAAAAUGAAAUAUUGUAAUCUACACUAACCCAACUAUCCAUGCACAGAAAGAAAGCGAGCAUAAUGUGGAAUUCUUCAAUUCUAUAUUUUUCUACAUUCGUUUCAAUUUCCGCUAGGACGUGUAGUCUAGUAGAUUUUGUGAAUUUCCACCGGGCCGUGUAGUAGAUAUUGUGAAUUUCCGCUAUGCCGUGUAGUAGAUAUUGUGAAUUUCCGCUAGGCCGUGUAGUAGAUAUUGUGAAUUUCCGCUAGGCCGUGUAGUAGAUAUUGUAAAUUUCGACUUUGCUAUACUUGAUAUUUACAAAUGUAAAUGAAAUGAAAAUUCGAAUUACGUUCUUGUUGAAAUAAACUAUGAAAAAACGCCACGGAAAAGGGGGAAAUUGUAAUGGUAAAGCCAAUAAAUUAUUUUCUGUGAGAAAAGAUGGAUAACAAAAAGACGCAUCAGCUCUAAUCUAUACUACCCUGCAGGGUAUAUAAACUAGACAUGUCACCAACUAAAUUUUGUCAGGAUUCUUCAUUUGCUGCUACCACUGACCGUGUUAACAAUCGGGAGGAUUCAAUAUGCGAGUUAAUUCAGAAUGUGUCUAUUAGAUAUAAAUGUAUGUGUACCAUCAGUGAAUGCUUGGAAAUGGAAAAAAAAACCUCUGGUUUUGUGAUACUUCAAAUAAAGGAUUUCUAUGAUAUUUCUGUUAAUGUGUGAGAAAAUUGAAAAAAGUGAAUUAAAUGAUUAAAAAUCUU